AUGUCUGCUGCUGACCCGCAGCCUACGUCCUCUUUCUCCGAUGGCUUUGACUUCCCAUUGCCAACGCUAGACAGAUUGGGGGUCUCGGUCCAGCCUGACAUUGAUGCUCAGAGCGUCGCCUCAGAUUGGUUCCAGGCGUUUGCCCAGCACGUAUCUUCCGGCGAUGCCACUCAAGUCGCCGGUCUCUUCGCUGCUGAUGCCUGGUGGCGCGACUUCCUCUCGCUCACUUGGGACUUUCGUACGUUCCACGGGGACGCGAAGAUCAAGACGUUCUUGGAGGAUCAGCUACCGGCCAUGAACCCGACGUCGCUCGAGCUGAACAGCGCCCGCCUUGUGCGACCCUAUCCAGACCUGGUGUGGCUCGUGGGCAUGUUCGACUUUGAGACACAGGUCGGGGUCGGGAGCGGUAUCUUCCGCCUUGUGCCUACACCGAGCGGAACAUGGAAGGGAUACACGAUGUUCACCAACCUGGAGGAUCUGAAAGGGUUCCCGGAGACGAUUGGACCCCGCCGUAAUCCAUUACCCAACCAUGGGAAGUGGACGAGUCAGCGCGAGCGCGAGAGGUCGUUUGUGGACGGCGAUCCUACCGUCUUGAUCGUGGGCGGCGGCCAGGGCGGACUCGUCGUUGCUGCGCGGCUGAAGCAGCUGGGCGUGUCUGCCUUGGUGGUCGAGCGGAACGAUCGGAUCGGAGACAAUUGGAGGGGCCGGUACGAGGCGCUUUGUCUACAUGACCCCGUUUGGUACGACCACUUGCCCUAUCUUCCAUUCCCCUCUACCUGGCCUGUGUACACACCCGCGCCCAAGCUCGCAGGGUGGCUUGAGUUUUAUGCAGAGGCACUGGAGCUCAAUGUGUGGACUUCUUCCACCGUGACGCGCGUAGAACAAGAAGCGACCAGCAAAUGGACCGUCACGGUACAGAGGAAGGACGGGAGCGAGCGAGACUUCCACGUCAGUCAUGUCGUGCUGGCCAUGGGGCGACAAAGCGGGGCUCCGUAUACCCCAACGAUUCCCAGACGAGAUGAAUUUGAAGGCCUAGUGCUACAUUCUACUCAAUUUCGAUCCGGUAAGGAUCAUAUCGGGAAAAAGGUGGUUAUCGUGGGCGCUGCUACAUCUGCCCAUGAUGUCGCAUUUGACUAUGCUGAGCACGGGGUAGAUGUAACCCUUGUUCAACGAGGCCCAACAUAUAUCAUGUCAGGCGAGAAGGGAAUACCGCGAUUAGUUGGAGGUAUAUAUGGCGAAAACACGGUACCAACGGACCUUGCGGAUCGUCUAUCCAGCUCAAUGCCGAUAUUCUUGCAAACCGGGAUCAACAAACGUGUUACAGCCUCAACUGCAGAAGCGGACAGGGAACUCCUACAGGGAUUAGAGAGGGCGGGGUUCAAGUACGACAUGGGUAUAGACGGCACGGGCAUCGCGCCUCUGGUUUACCUCCGCGGCGGAGAUUUUGGUGCAUGCCAGAAGAUUAUAGACGGAGAUGUCAAAAUAAAGAAUGACAGCCAAAUCGAAUGCUUUACAAAAACAGGUCUUAGAUUCGCAGAUGGCAGCGAGCUCAGUGCAGACGUGGUCCUUUUCGCGACUGGUUUUGACGAAUCGCCAUCUGUUUUCAAGAAACUGCUCAGCCCAGAAGUUGGCGACAAGAUGUCGCCGAUCUGGAGGCUGACUCCGGAAGGUGAAGUGCGGGGCGUAUGGCGUUGGCUUGGAGUUCAGAAUCUCUGGCUCGUGAUGGGUGCGUUCUUCCCGUACCCGGAUACAGCCCAACAUUCGAUGCAGAAUAUUCACCCAUCUCUCUAG